AUGCCACCGGAUCGGCCGCCAGAUCGGCCGCGGAUUAUCCUCGAGAAAUCCAGCACGGUGCGCCGCCGAUACCAGCGCAGCAACAAACGGCUCAAAUUCACCGCCAAGCAAAUAAAGCAGAUGGAACGCGAGGAACUAUUGGAAAAACGGGCAAAGGACAUACGCGAGAAGGAAAAGAGACGCGUUGCCAACAAGAAGAAGAAAAUUGAGCAAGAUGCGAAGGCUCGUGAGGAGGCAAGGCGGCAAGGCUUGCCUGAUCCCACUGCGGGCAAGAUCCCGGCUAGUCAGCCGCUACUCUCGAAAUUCUUGGGGUUUAAGAACAAAGCUUCUCCGUCUGAAAAACCUACUGAAUCGUCGCCUGAACCAACGCCUGAACCUGAACCUGAGGCUGAACCCAAGCCCGAGCCCGAACCUGAAUCCGACCUGGAAUUCGAUUUUGGAUCGGAAUCUGAACUAGAAGGUCUGAUUUCUGAGCCUGGUAUUCCUGAACCCGUUAUUCCUGCGCCCGUGCUGCCUGCGCCCGUGAUGCCUGCGCCCGUGAUGCCUGAACCCAAGCCCUACAGCGACAAUGGACACAUCGAGAGCGUUAGUCAAGAUGGGGACACCGAGCCAGACUCGGAUUACUUUGAUGACAUAGACGAAGACUUGCAGCGCGAACUCUCUAUCCUCCAGAAUGCUGGCAACUGGAAGGAUUCCAACUCACAUAAUUCCGGUCAAAUUAUCAAGAAUACCAUAAAAACGGCCAAUGAUGAUGAUGAUGAUGAUGAAUUCUCCGACUGCUCCGCGUUUUACGACGACGACAUCAUAAACAAAGCCGAAGCAGCUGCAGUCACACAAGCAAGUCAUACUGACACCAACCAUACAUUAUUACAGCCACCCCCGAGUGCUCAUCCGAAGAAUAUCGCCAGCCUCGUGGCUUCGUUCGGUGAUUCCUUCAACGACGAGACUGCAGACUAUCUGGAAGAUGUCUUCUCACGCGGUUGCGGUGACUCUUUUGGAGAACUUAUGGAAUUUGGCACCAAGCCUCAACAAGCGCCCCUUUGA